CAUUCUUAUCCGUUUUUAUCAUCGAGAGAGAGAGAGAGAGAGAGAGAGCCAGAGAUGGCGACACUGUGCAUCUCCUCGUCGGUCACGUUAUCCUCAUUUGCUUCUUCUUCUUCUUCUUCUUCUUCUUCUUCUCCUCACAAGAAUGUGAAGAGUAUUAUCAAAAACCCAUUUUUUGGGUUCUCCUGCGCAUUAUCAAAGCCCUCGAUUCGGACCUCGCUGCCUUUUAGUAAUAAUACCAAGCGGAGCUUCCAGGUUCGGUGCCAGGACCUCUCUCUCGUCCCCAGAGAGCAACGGUGGAUGUUCGAGGAGUCCGAAGUCAAUGGCCCUGACAUUUGGAAUAAGACAUGGUAUCCCAAGGCUGCUGAUCAUGUGAACACAGAGAAACCGUGGUACAUCGUUGAUGCUUCGGACAAAAUUCUCGGAAGACUAGCAUCAACCAUUUCCAUUUUUAUCCGUGGGAAAAAUCUGGCUACCUAUACACCCAGUGUGGACAUGGGGGCAUUCGUGAUUGUGGUAAAUGCAGAAAAAGUUGCUGUGUCCGGUAAGAAAAGGACCCAAAAGCUCUACAGGAGGCAUUCGGGACGACCGGGUGGCAUGAAAGUGGAAACAUUUGACCAAUUACAGCAGAGAAUUCCGGAGAGAAUUAUUGAACAUGCUGUUCGUGGUAUGCUUCCCAAGGGAAGGCUUGGCAGAGCACUGUUCAACCACCUAAAGGUUUACAAGGGCCCAGAUCAUCCACAUGAGGCCCAGAAGCCCAUUGAACUGCCCAUAAGGGACAAAAGGAUACAGAAAGAAAGAUAGAGAUUAGUUGCAUGCUUCAGCUCCCAUGUAGAAUUUCUUUUCUUUUCUUUUCUUUUUUCCCUCUUUCUGAGCAUGGUUAUUUUUUGUGAUGUAUCAUUCCAGUCCUCUCUGCUUCCUGGGUAUGUUGUUGUCAUCUGAUUAGGAAAAAAAAAAAGAAAAAAAAAAAGCAGCUUAUUUUGUAUUUAUGAGUUUCUUUAUAUAUAUUUUGACCUCUCCAUCUUAAUAUAUUUCUCAUUUAUGCUUUUAUCCCAGCCGAUAAAAUUCU